GGCCCCGGUGCCGGGGGUCCCUUCGGCAGGGACCGGCCAUUCGUGCCGGGGACCCGCAGCCCCGGAGCGGUUCUCAGAGCCCCAGGUCCCCCAGGCUGCCUCCUCUGCCCCCAAUGGCCCUUCGGGCCCAGCCCUGCAGCUGGCAGCCCCCGUGGUGACAGUGACAGUGGGGGGAGUCACGGAAGGACAGUGGGAAUGCCCUGGACUGGCUUCUGCAGGGAACAGGCCUAGGGAGAGCCUGUCCCAGCCUGUGCAAGUGGAUGCACCAGUGGGGAGUGAUGCUGCCCUCAGGCUCAGCACCCCAGGGCAUGACAAGAGGAGCCACCCUCUUUGGCUGGAAGCCUGUUCAGGCUAUGAAAUUUUGGUCUUGGUGGCCCCAGGCUGCUGUGGAGCUGUUGCUCAGUCUCUGAGGCUGCAGGAACCCAUGCCAGGGGCAGUGGGGAAGGAGCUGGGUGGACAAGGAACCCACCCCCCAUCCAUCUGGGCAGCAGGAGCAGCAAGGCAGCUGUGGUCAUGGAGGGGAGCUCUGCCUACAAACUGAGCAAACUAGAACGCACGGGGACGCAUCUGAAAGGUCCAAACUGCAGUGCCCAAAAGGCAGAGCCAGGUUGGGUAUCCCAGCUUGGCCUCGUCUGUGCCUGGUCAUGCAAGUGAAGGAGCUGUCCUGCACCUCCUGCUUCAUCAUCUUCUUGGUGGUGCCCUCUUGUAAGCCCAACACGACUUGAAGGAGCCGGAUGGAGAGCUCCCACACAGUAUAUAACUCCUUGGGGAGGAGGGAGGGGGUGAAGAUGGACAUCCCCAAAACAGCCUCGGGCAGCCCUGCUCCAGAAGGAAACGGAGCUGCAGCAGCGCACGUCUGCCCAGUGGGGCUUGGUGUCCCUGGGACUGCGGAGCGCUGAGCAGGUCACGGGUGCCGGCCCCGCAAGCAGCUGGUGAGGCGGAAUGGUGCUGGUGCUGGCACUGUGGGCCUGCCUGGCACUGGGCACAGCAAGUGAGGAGAGCCCAGCACCCGAGCCCCUGGCAGGCGGGCAGCCCUUUGCUGUGGUGUGGAAUGUCCCCACCGAGCGCUGCCAGCACCGCUUUGGCAUAGGGCUGCCCCUCAGCGACUACGGCAUCGUGGAGAACCAGGGUGGCCACUUUGCUGGCCAGAACAUUACCAUCUUCUACAAGAACAAGUUUGGGCUGUACCCCUACCUGUCACAGCACGGUGUCCCCCAUAACGGGGGCCUCCCCCAGCGUGUCUCCCUCGACGCCCACAUCAACAGGGUGGCCGAGGACAUCCACCUCCUCCUGCGACCUGCUUUCCAUGGCUUGGCCGUGGUGGACUGGGAGGAGUGGAGGCCCCUGUGGGCCCAAAACUGGGGAGCCAAAAGGAUGUACAGGGCAGCCUCAGAGGAGUGGGUGCGGGAGCAGCACGGCUUCCUGCCGGCACAGCAGCAGCUCCGGCUGGCCCAGCUGGAGUUCGAGAGGGCAGCACAGGCUCUGAUGGAGGAGACUCUUCUGGUGGGCCGAGCCCUGCGCCCUGGGGGGCUCUGGGGUUUCUACCGCUUUCCCGACUGCCUCAACAGCAACUGGGCCAAGGAGACAAACUACACCGGGCAGUGCCAGCCGGCGGAGGUGCAGCGUAACAACCGUCUGGGCUGGCUCUGGGCCGCCUCUUCUGCCCUGUACCCCAGCAUCUACCUGCCGCUGGCGCUGCCGCCCGCCCUGCGCCGCCGCUUCGUGCACCACCGGCUGCGCGAGGCCCUGCGCGUGGCCGCCCUCGGGGCCCACGGCCUCCUGCCCGUGAUCGCCUACUCCCGCCUCUCCUUCCGCCGCUCCUCCCGCUUCCUGCAGCUGGCUGACCUGGUGCACACCAUCGGGGAGAGCGCGGCACUGGGAGCGGCUGGACUCGUGCUCUGGGGGGACCUGUCGUACUCCCACUCGGCUGAAAGCUGUGCCGACCUGCGCCACUAUCUCGUGUCCACCCUGGGUCCCUACGUGGCCAACGUGACGGCAGCAGCCCGAGAAUGCAGCUAUGGGCAGUGCCACGGGCACGGGCGCUGUGUGCGCCGGCAGCCCCACGAGCUGGGCAGCCUCCUGCACCUUGGCCCCGGUGCCAGCCCGUGGGCUGCUUUUCGCUGCCACUGCUACCGUGGCUGGGCAGGGAAAGGCUGUGCCCAGCGGGUAUGGCUCAGCCCUGCCACCUCCUGCCAGGUCCCUGCCCAUGCUCACAGCCUCUAUGGGCACAAGGAUCUCACAUCCUCUGACACCUGCCUGCCACGGGGCACGUGGGACUGGUGACAAAGGCCAGGGAGCGUCAUGGUCCUCUACCCCAGCAGUGCUGCUGCUGUCCCUUUCUAUGGUCUCAUUAACCUAAAUAAAUUCUCCUGGCUCA